UUUCGUUUUGUACCAGCACAGCACAGAGUGACAGAAGAUGUAACUACCGUUUGACUCAUACGUCAUGUGACAUGAUUUCACGAGUCCUGUACUAUCACUGAGUUUAUUUCAAUUAUCACAGACGUGUGUGGAUUGUGGAAAGUUUGACAGAGAACCUACCUAAAAAUUGACAUGACAGAAACAACUGCACUGAGUGAGGAGGUACAGCCGGAGGUGAAAUACUGUGGCAGAUAUAAAUGUCCUUGGACAGAUUGGGAAUACCCAAAUGGUGUUAACUUUGCCUUACGAAGUCUUAUUCCUGAUGAAAAAUGGACUGAUAAAAGUAACAUACCAAGUGCGGAGGAUCUGGACUGUAAACUACCAGUGCAGGAUCCAGAUUUCGACAAAUUGAAGAAUCCGCCUACUUCUGGCGUCCAGGCCACGUGGAUUGGUCAUGCCACUGUGUUAGUCCAGCUAGACGGUAUCACUGUACUGACCGACCCAGUCUUCAGUGAUUGUACAGGGCCUGUACUAAUCGGAUACAGACGUUACCGUCGGCCAGCGUGCUUAGUCGAUAAACUGCCACCCAUCAACGCUGUGAUUAUUAGUCAUAACCAUUAUGACCAUCUUGAUGUUCACUCUGUGCAAAAACUCAACGAGAAAUUUGGAGAAAAAUUAGUUUGGUAUGUUCCGAAGGGGAUCAAGACUUGGAUGGAAUCAAUGGGAUGUGGAAAUGUUGUGGAGCUGUCGUGGUGGGAGGAACACCCAGAUUGUAAUGACCAAAAAGAAGAUGUAACAUUUGCACUGACACCAGCACAGCACUGGAGUGGACGUACUCUUCUUGAUACAAAUAGGUCUCUGUGGGGAAGCUGGGUAAUCAAGGGUCCUCGCCAUAGCUUCUUCUUUGCUGGCGAUACUGGAUACUGCGACGCAUUCAGACAGAUUGGGAAAAAGUAUGGCCCCUUUGAUCUGUCUGCGAUACCUAUUGGAGCCUACUACCCAAGACAUUUCAUGGGGCCACAGCAUAUUGACCCGAAGCAAGCUGUCGACAUUCACCAGGAUAUUAAGUCUAAGAAUUCCCUAGGGAUCCACUGGGGAACCUUCAAACUCACAAAGGAGUACUACCUUGAACCAAAAGAGGAGCUGGAAAGAGAUGUAAAGAAGGCUGGGCUGUCAGAGAAUUCAUUUGUGACCAUUAAACAUGGUGAAACAAAGACUUUUGGGGAAACAGAAACAUCAUUGUCAAAUAUCAAUGUUUCCUCUUGAAACACAGAAAAUGAAUAUCAUUGAUAAAAACGUGGGCGUUUGGAGGCGUUGAAUGUCACUGACCAUAAAACACAGUAAGAGAAGGAUAUUUGGAGGAAUUGAACAUCGUUGACCAUAUAUAAAACACAGCAAAACAAGGGCGUCUAGAAGGAAUGAACAUCAUCAAUCAUAGAAUCGAUAAAACAAGGGCAUUUGGGAGGAAUUGAACAUCAUUGAACAUAAAACACAGCAAAACAAGGACGUCUAGAGGGAUUAGCAUCAUUUAUCAUAAAACACAGCAAAACUAGGACGUCUAGAGGGAUUGAACAUCAUUGAUCAUAGAAUCAGUAAAACAAGUGCAUUUGGGAGGAAUUGAACAUCAUUGAACAUAAAACACAGCAAAACAAGGACGUCUAGAGGGAUUAGCAUCAUUUAUCAUAAAACACAGCAAAACUAGGACGUCUAGAGGGAUUGAACAUCAUUGAACAUAGAAUCAGUAAAACAAGGGCAUUUGGGAGGAAUUGAACAUCAUUUAUCAUAAAACAAAGCAAAACAAGGACGUCUAGAGGGAUUAGCAUCAUUUAUCAUAAAACACAGCAAAACAAGGGCGUCUAGAAGGAAUGAACAUCAUCAAUCAUAGAAUCGAUAAAACAAGGGCAUUUGGGAGGAAUUGAACAUCAUUGAACAUAAAACACAGCAAAACAAGGACGUCUAGAGGGAAUGAACAUCAUCGAUCAUAGAAUCGGUAAAACAAGGGCAUUUGGGAGGAAUUGAACAUCAUUGAACAUAAAACACAGCAAAACAAGGACGUCUAGAGGGAAUGAACAUCAUCGAUCAUAGAAUCGGUAAAACAAGGGCAUUUGGGACGAAUUGAACAUCAUUUAUCAUAAAACAAAGCAAAACAAGGACGUCUAGAGGGAUUAGCAUCAUUUAUCAUAAAACACAGCAAAACUAGGACGUCUAGAGGGAUUGAACAUCAUUGAUCAUAGAAUCAGUAAAACAAGGGCAUUUGGGAGGAAUUGAACAUCAUUGACCAUAAAACACAGCAAAACAAGGACGUCUAGAGGGAAUGAACAUCAUCGAACAUAGAAUCAGUAAAACAAACACGUCUGGACCUGUGCCAAUACUUGCCAGAAAACAACAUCAAUUCACUAGUUUUACCCCUCCAUCACAAAGGAUCAAUUUUUGUCAAAACACAGUCAACAAUCAUGAUCCAGAAAGGGAAAAUGUUUCUGAUUGAAACAGAAGAAAGUCUGGCAAUGAUUUUUGCUGGUUUCCAAUUCUAAUUGUUUCUGCAUUGUUUUGUUUUAGUAAUUUUGUGAAUUAAACAAGUAAUGAACAGUAAUGGUAGAAAUGUCAGCAUUAUCUAAUAUUAUGUGUUGUAUUGUAUGUGUUCACUUAGUAAAUAAUAUAUCACAUUGAGUCUCCACAACAUGUUUAUUUAUCUAACUUUAGUUUGUUAAUUAUCAAAUUUUUAAAUGAAAACAAGCUGUUUUCU